GUGGCAGAGGGGUGUCUGCCGCCGACAAGGAGGCAGAGGGCCCGCGAGCCCAGUGCUGGAGACACCGCCACCAUCCUCUUGGCGAGCCCUGCCGCCUCCUAGGCACGCUCCUCGUCUACGGAUUCUCUCCAAGCAGCUUCAGCAAGCUCCCGGCUCAGCGCCUGCUGAUCCCCUUUCCUCACAGGCUCACAGCGCACGCAGGAGAGAAGUGUCUGAUUUGGGCACGUGAGGCCCGCGAUCCCGAGCAGCGGACGCCAGGCAAGCCAAGGCCAUUGGCAUGAAGACCCCCAACGCACCGGAAGCCCAAGGGCAACAAACCAGGGCACCAGCGGGUCGGACCACUGGGUCUGCAAACAUGACGAAGAAGAAAACCUUCCAAAAGAAGCAGAGGGGCAGACCUUCAUCCCAGCCCCGCAGGAACCUCGUGGGCUGCAGAAUUUCACAUGGAUGGAAGGAAGGCGAUGAGCCCAUCACCCAGUGGAAAGGAACUGUUCUGGAUCAGGUGCCUAUAAAUCCCUCUCUUUAUCUGGUGAAGUAUGACGGAAUUGACUGUGUCUAUGGACUGGAGCUUCACAGAGAUGAAAGAGUUUUGUCUCUUAAAAUUCUUUCUGACAGGGUGGCAUCGUCUCAAGUCGGUGAUGCAAACCUUGCAAAUACCAUAAUUGGUAAAGCUGUGGAACAUAUGUUUGAGGGCGAGCAUGGUUCAAAGGAUGAAUGGAGAGGCAUGGUCCUAGCCCGGGCACCAAUCAUGAAAGCCUGGUUUUAUAUCACCUAUGAGAAAGAUCCUGUCUUGUACAUGUACCAGCUUCUAGAUGAUUACAAAGAGGGAGACCUCCGUAUCAUGCCAGAGUCCAGUGAGUCUCCUCCAGCAGAGAGGGAACCAGGAGGAGUUGUAGAUGGCCUGAUAGGUAAACACGUGGAAUAUACCAAAGAAGAUGGCUCCAAACGGAUCGGCAUGGUCAUUCAUCAAGUGGAAGCCAAACCCUCUGUGUAUUUCAUCAAGUUCGAUGAUGACUUCCAUAUCUAUGUCUAUGAUUUGGUGAAAAAGUCCUAACUGUUAGGGUACAAUUGGCCACAUUUGUGAAGACAAAUGUAUACUUUGUAGACAUGCAAAAUGAUGUUGCUUUUCAGUGUAUUGGGAGCUUAAGGGUCCCCAUUAAUUCAGCAUCUUUGCCAGCAUAACUGUUGUUUUGUUCUGAAAAAUACAAAUGUAUGUGGACAUGA